CUUCUGUCACUUCUGUUUAAACCUGGCUGCCCUACAGCUCACUGGGUGGCUUUGGAAAGUCAUUUCACUUCUGCUUGCCUCGGCUUCCUCAUCUGUAAAAUGAGGAUCAUACCAGUACCCACCUCAGACAGUUACAUGGAGAGUUAAGUGUGUUGAUAAAAUACAUGUGCAGUGCCUACAGCAGUGUUGUGGCUCGGAGUGAGGGCUGUGAUAGUGUCUGCAGUUAUCCUGUGAGACCAGCAGUGUCUUCUGACCUCAGGGAUAUUUGUUUCUUUCCUUUUUCCCCUCUCACUCUGCUUCUGGAAGCUUCUAGCGCAGGUCCUGGUGCUGAGCCCUCCUCCACCAGCUGUUUUAUUCUAACAGUUUUUCCCACUCCCCAGUAGGCAGGUGAAGCACCAGGAUCUGGACCUUAAGGAUCUCUACUUUUGAAAGAAUCAGAAUGAGUGCUCUCUCAGUUAGGGCUGUUGAAAAGUUAGGGCUGUUGAAAAGACAGGGCUCAUGUCACCGGAGAACCUCCUGUGGGCCCGUUUCCUUUAUUGCCAGCCUGGGGUCCAGACCUUUCUAGGCUGGGCUUGUGGGACCUUGUGGUUUAGGGGAGUGGUGGUGUGGGUCUGUGUCACAAUGACCUGGCCGAGCCCUAACCCCGUGUCACAUGUUUAGCACCCGUUCAGCCAAUGAGACUGUGGCACAUACAUGCAGCCUGAGUCCCCACUUGGCCUUGCCUUUGAUGUCACAAUCUGACCUUGUGCAUAUUAACCUGGCCACAGCUGCUCACACACCAGUCGGCAAGGUCAGGAGGACCAGUGCAGUAGGAUGUGGAAGAGAAUUGACCAUCAGCUCAAGAUCAAGGCAGGGGACGGGCCUCAAGCAGGCCAGUUCAAGGAACUGGGUCCUGGUCGGGAACCCGCCAUGCCACACCCUCUCUCGCCGUCAGAAUUCCACACCGUCCCAGUGUUUGAGGACAUCAGCCAGCACAUCAAAGAAGUGGGGGACCAGCUGGUGAAGAAAGUCAAUGCCAUCUUCCAGCUGGACAUCACCAAAGAUGGGAAGACUGCCCACCAGUGGACCAUUGAUCUGAAGAACGGCUCUGGGGACACGUAUCUAGGACCUGCCAGGCUCCCAGCGGACACCGUCUUCACAAUCCCCGAGCCUGUCUUCAUGGAGUUGAUUUUGGGCAAAAUGAACCCUCAGAAGGCUUUCCUUGCCGGCAAGUUCAAAGUGAGCGGCAAAGUUCUGCUUGGCCAGAAGCUGGAGAGAGUUUUCAAGGACUGGGCUAAGUGGUAAGCCUGCCGAAAUACCAGGAAAAUGAGCAGACCUUCUCUCCGAUUAUAAUGUCAAGCAGCAAUGAUGCUUAAGCUGAAGAUUAAAACAAAAAGUAUUCAAUAUUUUUACUCAAAUUCUUCCUAUUCAAGUUUGAUUAAUGUCCCUGCUGAUGUGUUAAUUUGGAGCGAGGGUUCUAGAGCAGUAAAGAGAGUUGCAGUGUAUCACCUAAAA